AUGGACGAAAUUCAAUGGAAGAAAGCUAGAGAAAGAAAUAGACGUAUUAAUCAUCAGAGAUUUAUUAGAAUUCAACAAUUAAAAACUUCUUCGUCUGUUAUUAUCAAAUCACCGUCAUCAAUGGAGAAUCUUAUAUCCGGCAGUAGCAGCAGUGCUGAGUAUCUAUCUUCUCAUAAUAACAGUAGUAAUAAGAUUAAGAUGAAGAAAUCAUCGUCGUCGUCAUCAUCAUCAAGCUCUUCAUCGUCCAAUGGUAAUAAAACACUAAGUUCCACACCAUCAACAGCAACGGCUCAUCCAAGUGUUGAAGUCGGUGGUGGCGGAGGUUCAUCAUCUUCAAGAACAGUAAAAGAUGAAGAGCGAGAUGUUUCUAGGGUUUUAUGUUCAUCGUACGGGUCAGUGUCGGUUUGUGGAAGAAGAAGAGAAAUGGAAGAUGCAGUAACUGUAGAACCGGGUUUUUUGUCAACAGAGUUUAUUAGGUUUGAUUUUUUCGCUGUUUACGACGGACAUGGCGGAUCAAAAGUUGCUCAAGCAUGUCGAAACCGUUUACAUCAAGUUCUUGCUAAAGAAAUCGAAGAUAUUGAAAGACAAUUGAUUGAACUUAAUCUUCAUGAUAAUCCUAAUCCUAGUUUUCCUAAUAAAACCGGUGAUGAUGAACGUGAUCAUGAAGAUGAACUUGACUGGGAAAGCAUAAUGAACUCAUGUUUUAAUAAAAUGGAUGAAGAGAUUAAUGGAAGUGGAAUUGAAAAUGAAAAUGAAAAUGAAGAGGAGAGUAAUACAAUAAACCAAAGUGGGUCGGUUACUUCUGGUUCUAGUUCGUCCAUGAAAACAAUCGGUUCUACAGCUGUUGUUGCCAUUUUAGGUAAAGAUAAAUUGGUUGUUGCAAACUGUGGUGAUUCUAGAGCUGUUCUUUCUCGUGCUGGUAUUGCCAUUCCAUUAUCUCGUGAUCAUAAGCCUGACAGACCUGAUGAAAUGGAGAGGGUGGAAGCCGCAGGUGGAAGAGUAAUAAACUGGAAUGGUUAUCCUGUUCUUGGGGUACUUGCAACUUCUAGGUCCCUAGGAGAUCAUUACCUUAAACCUUAUGUCAUCUCUGAACCAGAGGUCACAGUGAUGGAACGCACUACAAAUGACGAAUUUCUAAUACUUGCGAGCGACGGUUUGUGGGAUGUUAUGCCGAAUGAAACUGCAUGCGAGGUUGUAAGAAAGUGUUUAGAAGGUCGAACAUUAUUGAGGAGAUUAUCAAUGUCUUCAAACAGAAACAAUGCAGGUGAGGCUGCAGCUAUAUUAGCUGAGUUAGCAAUGGCUCGAGGGAGCAAAGACAACAUUAGUGUAGUAGUGGUCGAGUUAAAGAGAUCCAACCGUUAA